GUACAAAACUGGUGUCUUUCUUCCAGAUAUUAUUAUUCUACAUACUGUUCCUGACCAUUUCCAACAAUAAAAUUGCUAUCAGGAAUUUUUGCAUCGAAAAAACCUAAUUUUACUGGCCUUAUUAACAUAUGUUCACGCACGUGUGGGGGGUCAAAGUGUUUACUGUUUCGUCAUGAUUUUUGAUAGAUAAUCUAUACUCAGCGGAAUAAAUCGUUAUCACGCUUCAAUUUCUAGUUCUCGUGGGGUUAUUCAUUGUAAAUAACAUUAAAAUUGCAUAUAAACAACAUGUAUAGGUUAGCGAGAUUUGAAUCGUUAUUAAAAAAAAUUGACUUAAUCUCUGGAACUAGAGAAUUCUCAGCUAAUCAAAGAAAUUGUUCUACUAGAAUAGACAAGAUUCUUAUUGCAAAUAGAGGAGAGAUUGCCUGUCGUAUUACAAGAACUGCAAAGAAACUUGGUGUGAAAACUGUAGCAGUUUACAGCGAUGUGGAUAAAGAUUCCAUGCACGUUGACCUGGCUGACGAAGCAUACUGUAUCGGCCCAGCACCCUCUAGUCAGAGUUACUUGAGACAAGACAAAAUUAUAGCGACUGCUAAAAGUGCCAAGUGUCAAGCUAUACAUCCUGGAUAUGGAUUUCUGUCAGAAAACACUGAAUUUGCAGAGUUAUGCCAAAAGCAAAAUAUUAUCUUCAUCGGUCCUCCAGCUCAGGCCAUUAGAGACAUGGGAAUCAAAAGUACAUCAAAGGCAAUCAUGGCAGCAGCUGGAGUACCCAUCAUCGAAGGAUACCAUGGUGAUGAUCAAAGCAAUGAAAAAUUAUUACAAGAAGCUCAAAAGAUUGGUUUCCCAUUAAUGAUCAAGGCAGUUCGAGGUGGUGGAGGCAAGGGAAUGAGAAUUGCACGGAAAGAAGCUGAAUUUCUUCAAGCACUGGAAUCUGCGAGAACAGAAUCUCAGAAGGCAUUUGGUGACUCAGCAGUUCUUUUAGAACAAUAUGUUGCGGAACCAAGACAUGUUGAAGUACAAGUUUUUGCUGAUAAGCAUGGUAAUGCAGUUUAUUUGUUUGAGAGAGACUGCUCUGUUCAAAGGAGGCAUCAAAAAGUCAUUGAAGAAGCUCCUGCACCUGGAAUUUCCGAAGAACUUAGAGUUGAACUUGGAGAAGCAGCUGUUCGAGCAGCAAAGGCUGUUGGCUACGUAGGAGCUGGUACAGUGGAAUUUAUUAUGGAUAGGCAUACACAUAAAUUUCACUUCAUGGAAAUGAAUACACGUUUGCAAGUUGAGCAUCCAGUUACAGAAGCUAUAACUGGUACAGAUCUUGUUGAAUGGCAGUUAAGAAUUGCUGCUGGUGAAGAACUACCGUUGAAACAAGAAGACAUCAAACUCAAUGGUCAUGCUUUUGAAGCUCGAAUAUAUGCUGAGGAUCCUCGCGGUGGAUUCUUGCCUGGUGCUGGUAAACUGCUUCAUUUAACGCCUCCAUCAAUAGUCGAAAAUAUACGCGUGGAGACUGGUGUACGACAAAAUGAUGAGGUGUCAGUACACUACGAUCCAAUGAUAGCUAAAUUAAUUGUUUGGGGAAAAGACAGAAAAGAAGCUUUAAGUAUCAUGAAAUCUAAACUGUCAGAGUAUAAUAUCGUGGGCUUGGAGACAAAUGUAGAGUUUAUCAAGGAUAUAUGCGCGCACCCGAAAUUCCGAAACGGCGACGUUCAUACGGGAUUCAUAGAAGAGAAUUACGAUGCGUUAUUUCCUAAAAUUGAAGUUCCAAAGAGGGUAUUGGCUGAGGGAGCUCUUGGAUUAAUUUUGUGCGCAGAAUUAGACGCGCUUAAAACCGCCGUCAAGUCAAGUGAUGUAUAUAAUCCUUUCGCUUUGGAAACUGGACUAAGGGUAAACCACGUCUUGCACAGGCGAAUUCACUUCGAAGUUGGAGAAGAGAAGUUUUUCGUCGAUGUGCAAUAUGUUGAACCAGAAGUGUACUCUAUGAGAAUAAACGAUCUUGGACCAUGGAGAACCGUGACCGGUUCGUUGAAAAAGGAAGGAAAUAUUUCAGAAUUGAAGGCAGACGUCGAUGGUGUCGUACAAAAGUCUAGGAUUGUUAAAAUUGGAAAUGAACUUCAUUUAUUUACUCACGACCGAAAAUGGAAACUUGUCACUCCACAACCGAAAUACGUUAAAGAAUUGUCGAAUCAAACUAAUGUAGUCGCGGGUGCAGCGGUGAGUCCAAUGCCAGGAGUUGUUGAUAAAAUACUUAUUAAACAAGGUGACGAAGUCAAGACUGGCGACCCAUUGAUAGUUAUCGUCGCUAUGAAAAUGGAGCAUGUAAUCAAAGCAUCGGCGAAUGGAACUGUUGACAAUGUGUUGUGCAAAGUUGGAGAAAGCGUAGCCAAAAAUAAACUGCUCGUCAAAGUCGAAAGUGUUCAAGCGCAAUAAGUGCAUUUUAGCAUAAUUGUUAUGUAUCGUACGAGGAAUCCACGUGAAUAGUUGUUGUUUAUACAGAGUAUAAUAUAUAAUCCUAAUUUUAUGAAAGUAAUACGGGUCCAAAGCAGGUAGAAUUCAAAGAUUGUACAAAGGAAGUUAAUUUUUUAAAAGAGUUUUAUAAGUACGGACAAAAUGUGAUAAUAAAUCUACGCUUGUUAUUUUGUUAUUUUCAAAGAGAAA